CCGCGUUUUAUCUACGCGAGGAAUCCUGGAUGAAGACGAGGUUGAGUAGACUCGUUUUCAUUUGUACCCCUUCCUGGACUCUGCUGAGUCUCGUGUAGUGGGAUAUGUAGUCAGACGUACAGUGUUGUCACAAGAAUAUAAAUUAUAAAGCGUUAACAUAUGUCGGUUACUCUCAUUUACAAGCUAUGUGUUAUGCUGUGCUAGCAAGCAGCGAUCCAACAUGGCGUUUACAUAUAAAAUAAUGUUAAUUUAUUACAUUUUUGUAGCUGUGAAAUCCUCAAGGCUGAAUUGUAGUCAAAACAUAAUAAAACGCGUUUCUUUAUAAACGUUGCCUAAAAUUAGUUUUUUUUUUUCAUUUUCAAUAUUAUCAGUUGAUAAUUAUCAUGAUAAGCUUUACACCUAAAUAAUAUAUUUAUUGGACAAUAUUAAUUUCAAAGCACUUACUUUCACAAUCAAAUGUUUACCUAUAUUAAAUUCACAAACAUGGCUCCUAUAUGAUAUUACUUUAAUGAAAAUAACCCAGCGUUUUAUCUCUGACUUUCUGUCCUGAUUUUUAGAAGGCUGUAUAUGUACAGAGGAAGAGAGAGAUAUGGAGGAUGAGCUUAAGUCUGAGGAGAGAGAGGCCACAGACUUACAGACAGAAGCACAACUGGAACCUGAGAAAAGAUCAGAAAUUGAGACUAAAGAGCAUCCAUCAAUCAUCCCAACCCUGCAAACUGCAGUAACCAAUCAGAAACCAUCAACCAUUCCUGUGCAAGAAGAAAACUUUCUUAUACUCGACCAAAAUGGACAGUCUUUACGCUAUGAGAGGCUGGUGAUUGUGACAGGGCAGACUGGACAGUUAUAUGGUGUCCAACCUCUCCCUCAAGGAGGGGCUCAGAUGUUACUACCUCAAGGUCAGCUACUGGAUAUAGCACAGUCAUCAGGUGUGUUUGUGGAGAAAACAAAACCCCAGGCAAUUAUUACUUCCAAAAAUGACAAUGAUGACACUGAGAGUUCAGUUGCAGACACAGCUCAGAGUGCCAUCGGUACUAAGAUUCAAAGUAAAGAUUCUCCUGAUGUAUUUGUGCCCCCACCGAAGCCGCUACCAGCCGGGGCACCGAACUGGGCCCUGAGACUACGCGAGUGUGAGAAGAUCGGAGACUCGUACCGCGGUUACUGUAAUACAGAGGCAGAGAUGGAGGCAAUUCUACAGCUGCACAAGCAGCAAACUCACACCGUGUUUGGUACCCGUCAGUCACCCUCACCUGCAAAACCUGCCACUCGACUCAUGUGGAAGUCACAGUAUGUGCCCUAUGAUGGCAUUCCUUUUGUUAAUGCAGGCAGCAGAGCCAUUGUGAUGGAAUGUCAGUUUGGUCCGCGGAGAAAAGGUGCGCAGCCUAAAAAAGGACCCGAGCAGGAAACCAAUCAAUACAAAGCAACCUGCCCUGCAAGGAUAUAUAUUAAGAAAGUACGAAAAUUCCCUGAGUACAAGGUUCCGACAGAUCCCAAAGUGGACAGGAAAGUCGUAAGGCAGGAACAGGAGAAAGCCUUUUUCAACCUCAGAAAGAGCUUAUGGGAUGCUGGAGGGGUUGUGAGAUAUUACAUCCAGCUCCCUACAGAGAAAGCUCAUCUCUACCAUAUUAUGGACUCUGCAAACCUGCCUCCACUUCCAGAACAGAUCUACUUUGAGGAGGACCAUCAGAUAGAAGCAGAAGACACAGAAGUGGUGGGAAUCGAUGCCAUGCAGGACGUCCAGUUAGAGGAUGGGACAUUUGUCCCCUCUCGACUGCACCCACUGGUGGCAGAGAAGAUCUGUAAUCUGGUUGCACAAGGACAUCACCAGGUGUACUCUGUCCGCAAGCAGCUCAGGAGGUUUGUGGAGCGCGAGAUGUUUAAGCCAGAUGAGGUGCCUGAGAGACACAACCUGUGUUAUUUUCCUACUGUCAAUGACAUCAAGAACCACAUCCAUGAGGCUCAGAAAGCUCUUCAUCUGACACCAGAGGCAACUUCAGAUAUAGAGUGGAAAGCAGAUGCUGAUAACCUGAUACCAGACACUGUGACUUUGACAUUAACUCCUGCUACUGUGGAGGUAUCGUCUCAGAAGGGGGCGCUCUUGGAAGGGAUUGAGACACAUUCUUCAGAGGCUGUGCAGCUCUUUAACUCUCUGACCUCACUGCAGCCCAAAUUCUUCACACAGCUACAACCUGCCCUUAGUCCAGCAGAACCUACUGCUAAACAACCACCAGCAACACUGGAACCUCUCGAUCCAAGCAGUCCUCUCCUGUUGAGUCCAUCCCAGUUUCUCCAGUCGAGUCCAUCUCCUGGAGAAAGCACAGCUAUGUGUGACGCUCCAGCUGUGCUCAACACGAGUCAGUUGGUGAGUGUGACCUCAGUAACUAACACGGGAACAGACGGUGACAUCACACAGUUGCUCCUGAAGGAUGAAGAGAUUACUCCAGUCCAGAUAGUGAAUGUAGCCAGUAUAGACAACAUACAGAUGAAGGUGGAUAUUGAGAAGUCUCUGGAUGUCUCAGCAGGGUCAUGACAAUAGAGCUUUACAACAAUAAGAGGAGGACAGAAAUGAAUCUCUUCUUUUCUUUCAGAGUGUCUGUGACUGUAAACGGCUCUUCACUGUGAACAGUGUAAAAAAAAUUCCACUGGAGGACUGAUUCAUUGAAUCAUUUACAGUAUUGUGUGAGCAUAGCUUCAUGUGCAAUGUUUAUAAUUUAUACUUUUUGUAUUUAUACUGUAGUUUUUCCAUUUUUUGAUUUAUUAAAGAAAUUUGGGUAAAGGAAGAAAUAUCUGUUUAGGAUAUAAAGUCCUGUAUGUAAUUAUUGUUUUCUAAAUAAACAAUCAUGACAUGUUUCCUAUCAUAGACUGUAAAAAAAAAGAUGGACGACGCCUGUUCGCUCCCUUCCAUUGGUGAAAAGUGAAGCCGCCAGUGUCCCGAUAUGGCGCUGACAUCUUGGGUCUUGGGUCUGCGCUAGGGAUGGGCGGAUCGAUCCUAAAGUAUCGAUAUUUCCGAUCCUGCCUUUGUAUCAAAUGGA